AUGAGAGUUGCGAUCCGGGAACAGUUAGCAGCCCUUGUGCUGCUUGCUGUGCUCGUCGCGCUCGCCAUCGUCUCUAUACCUACUUGGAUUUACGUCAACCGUUUCGUUAUUGGAGUAGAGACUAAUGGCCUCUCCUUAACCGCUUCUCUCAAAGCCGCCCGCGUUGCCUCCGAAAUCGAAUUGAUCCAGACGACAUGCAAUCACAUAGCGACGAGACUACUUAUUCAAAACGCUCUUGCAUCUUUUUAUCGCGGUAACGAAUCUGAUGCUCUUUGGGACUCUGCCUCUGCCGAUAUCAUCAGCGCCUUGAUCACUCCACCGGGCGUUUCUACAAAUCUCCUACAAUCGAGAAUUUAUUCACGAAAUGAGACUGGCGCAGAUCGAUCUGGUGGACUUCUUAGUGUAACCGGUAGUAACAUUUCUGAGGUUAGACUGCCUUAUAAGGCUUCUGAUGGAUCACAAGCUAUAUUAGGUGAUAACCCUUCGGGUUAUCCGCCGUCACUGUAUCCAAACAUUACAUAUUACAGUUCAACAGAUCCCGACCCAGGCUAUCCUAACCAUACUGCUGUCGUAGCUAGGCCGUUUCCAGAUAUACGAAUUGACUCGAGUGUUGAUGGCAUGGUAUUAGGACCGCUCGUAAUCAAUGAGACAUACGCCCUUAUCUCAUUGACAAUUCCGAUCCGCAGCAAUCGAAACGAUGAGGUGAUACUUGGAUAUAUGACUACGGUCGCCGAUGCUACCCCGCUCAUUAAGAUCGCUGCGUCUAAAGAGGGAUUGGGAGAUACCGGCACGGUUUUGCUCGUCGGCCCUUCUACGGGCUGGAAUCGGUUCAGCAAGUAUAACCUACCUGCGAAUGCGAGCCACGAAGCGGCGACUAAUUUCUCGAAUGUCGACGUCAAUUUUGUCUUACCGCCGCGAGUGAUGCCUGGCCAAUCAGAUAGGCAUACGCUGCAUAAUUAUGCCUCUGGAAAUUUCGAUCAGCCUUUCAAAGUCGCAAGAUACAAUGCGGCAUACAGGUCUUUCACUGCUCGGAACCCUUCGAUCAACAAUGCUAGCAGCAUACUUUCUACCAAAAAUGAGCAGGGGGUUGAAGUUGCCGUCGGAUAUGCUCGGCCGCAGACUUCGCUGGUUAAUUGGACGCUCAUCGUCGAACAGGACAAGUCCGAGGCUUAUAUUCCUAUCGAUACACUUCGACAUAUACUGUUAGCUUGCGUGUUCGGAACUGUUGGGCUCACCCUACUCUUAGUUAUACCUUGUGCUCAUAUGAGCGUUUUGCCUAUUCGCAGAUUAAAGGCCGCCACCGAAAAAUCUAUUGCUCCUCCCGGUUACGCCGAAGCAUAUAUAGACGACUUAGACUACGACGAGGACGAGGACCAUGAAGGAUCAGGCAGUAGGAGCCGAAAAUCUGCUAACGGGGUUGUAAUUCGGUUGAGAAGAUUAAUUCGGAGAUCAACGCGAUCAAGGAUUGCGCCAUCGACCCACGACAGCGAGCCGCGAAGACGGAUUUUCAAGAUUCCUGGCAAAGUCAGCGAUCGCAAGCACUACGUAACCGACGAGCUUACAGAGUUAACGACGACUUUUAACGAAAUGAGCGAAGAACUAUUAAGGCAGUACACUUCCUUAGAAGAGAAAGUUGCGGAGCGAACACGCGAACUCGAGAUCAGUAAGAAGGCAGCUGAGGCCGCCAACGAGAGCAAGACUCUAUUCAUUGCGAACAUCUCUCACGAGCUCAAGACUCCCCUAAACGGUAUCUUAGGCAUGUGUGCUGUCUGUAUGGAAGAAGACGACUUACCCCGGAUCAAGCAGUCUCUAAAAACCCUUUACAAAUCUGGGGAUCUGCUCUUGCAUCUCCUUGAAGAUUUGUUAAGCUUUUCGAAAAACCAGAUUGGUCAGCAACUAAGCCUAGAGGAGAGAGAAUUCCGACUAAGUGAUAUUCGGUCGCAAGUAGCAACCAUUUUUGACAAACAAGUGCGUGAAGGUUCGAUCGAUUUCUCAGUCGCUUUCUUAGGCACCGAACCAGAUAUGAGCCCCAGUCCCGAACGAGCCGAAGUGGAUAAGAAACUCCCAGCUAUCGGUCCUCUAGGGACUGGUAGGCUGAAAGAUAUGUGCCUGUGGGGCGACCAGCAUCGAAUUCUGCAGGUGCUUAUCAACCUUGUGAGCAAUAGUCUUAAGUUUACGCCGGCCGGAGGGAAGGUGUCAGUGAGGAUAAGAUGCCUGCGUGAAAUUGAAGCAUCUUUCGACGUAAGCAGGACUUCGUCCUUGUCGAAAACUGGAUCCGGUCGCCCAGGUAGGACGAGACAUAGAAUGGGGUCGGGUUCGAAUAAGUCAAAGAGCUCAAAUGAAAUUACAACUCCUCAGUCUCAAUACAAGGGAGGGGGUACAGCAUUGUCGAUUAAUCCCUUGGAUCCUAAAGCAACACCCUACGUGCGCAUACGUGAAAGGUCGCCAACGCCACCUCCGCCAAGCGCGAAGUCAUUCUUGUUCGAAUUCGAAGUGGAGGAUACGGGUCCCGGAAUUCCGGAUCAUAUGCAGCAGAGAGUUUUCGAACCUUUCGUCCAGGGUGAUCUAGGCCUCAGCAAGAAGUUUGGAGGAACUGGCCUAGGGUUGAGCAUUUGCCAGCAGUUGGCAAAUUUGAUGGGAGGAAGCAUUUCUCUGAGAAGUACUGUCGGUGUUGGCACUACUUUCACUAUGCAAAUACCAUUAAAGUACACCAAGGAUAGGGCUUCUAGUACGGCUUCGAGUAGUAUCAAGUCACGCCCGACUAGCAUUAAUAGUUCGGUCGAUGGGGAUACCAGAAAAAAUUCCCUGACAUUAACACAAACUACAGCGGGCGCCAAAGCUAAUGUGCUUGAUCAGAAACCGCGUCUUGUUGGACUCAGCCAGCCUUUCUUUGCUACCACCCCCAGUGCCAAGACACCGCCGACCCCGACCCCGGAUGAUCGAAUGAAAGCCAUAGAGAUGGCUAAAGCAAGCAAAGGCGACGGGAAACUGCGAGUUCUCGUUGCCGAAGACAACCCUACCAAUAUUGAGGUUGUUAGCAGGAUGUUAAAACUAGAGGACGUGUACGAUGUGACUAUCGCAAAAGACGGCCAGGAAGCGUACGAACUUGUAAAGGCGAACAUGGAGAAUAAUCUCUAUUUCGACUUGAUUUUCAUGGACAUUCAAAUGCCUAACCUCGACGGCCUACAGAGCACUCGCCUCAUUCGGAAGAUGGGAUACUCAGCACCGAUUGUGGCACUGACAGCUUUCUCGGAAGAGAGCAAUAUUAAAGAUUGCAUGGAAUCUGGGAUGAAUGAAUUCCUAAGCAAGCCUAUCCGUCGACCCGCACUCAAGCAAGUUCUUAAGAAGUUUGCAACGAUUCCUGAGGAACCAGAAACGGCAUCCCAAUUAACCAGGAAGAGCACCCCUGAAAAGGGCGACCGACCCGCCGCGGUUCGGCCACCAAAUGGAGAAACCUUUACAUCUUCAAACUCAACCCCUACCCUCAAAGAGCGUCCCGUUAUGAAUGGCGUACACCCAACCACGGAUAUAGAUAUAUGA